CCUUAUUACAGGGUAUAAAUACAGGUACAUCUCUCAACAGCCAUCACUUCUCCUCACAAGACCAGAGCCAGGCUGACACUUCUCAUCACACAACAUGGACUUGCAUGCAGCUGUUGACCCAAAGAAAUGUGAUGGGGCAAAAAAAGAUGGACAUAGUGGUGGGAAGCUCGACCAUAAACAUGGUGAGCACGGACAUGGACACGGAGGAGGACACAGCAAAGGUCACAAGGGAGAGCACGGACAUUCCAAAAGUUCAAGUGAUUCCAGCAGCUCAAGUGGAAGUGACUGUGAAGGAAAGACACACGGGGAAGGCCAUGAGCACAAAAAGAAGGAAAAGAAACUGAACAAGGAGAAAAAACCCAAAGACAAGAAAGAGAAGAAGGAAAAGAAAGAGAAAAAAGAAAAGUCUGAGAAAAAACACUAACCUGAAAAAAGUUUAUAUUGAUACAAGGUCACAUUUCCUUUUGCAGACACAAUGUAACCAUAGACAAAUAAUUUGGGUAGAGAAAUCUCCCAGCAGCUAAAGGCAGCCAACCAUCAAUUCACUAGGAACUAUGAGGCAUGAGGUGCAAAGUUCCCAUGCCUCAGUAAUGUCACAAGUUCCAAGUGAAUUAAGAGGCUGGAUCAAUGUUUACAUCCAUUUUAUGUAAGUGACAAAUCUCCCCUCAAUAUUUUCCAAAAAUUGCAGGAUAAUUAGUAUGGGAUGCAGCCAUGCUUUAAUGCUGUCCAUGUACUAAUUACACAUGACGGGUUUACAGCUUUCCAGUUACAGAAUAGUCACACAUUAUAGAGCAGUGUUUGUGUGGAUAAUUCUUUCAGUGCAGUAAUGCUAUGAACAGGACCAGGGCAGAAAUACUCUCAGCAUGUCACGACCUGAAGUGGAUUAUGUAGGGAAGAAUCGCCUUUAAAAACCCGAUUAUUAAUCCAAAAGCAAAAAUGAUGUAUUUGUGAUGCAGAAAUAAAUGAAAGACAAUUGUCAAAAGCAAAAUGAUGUAUUUGUGAUGCAGAAAUAAACAAAAGACAAUUGGUGUUUUAUACUUAACAAA